CUGUCUACCAAUUUUUUAACAAGUCUUUAAUUUAUGCCCUGAGCAAAAAGUAUCACAGAUAUUGCAUAGAAAUAGUUUAAUUUCUCAAGAAAAUCAUCAACUAGGUUUGAACUCAUGGCAAACCGUAAAAGAGGCCAAAAAGGCCAACCUAGCAGAAGGAGAGGAUCAAGAGGUAGGCGUGGAAGGUCUCCUGCAAAAGCUUGCACAUCAAAUACCGAAGACCUUGAUCCCCCAUCAUCACCAUCCAACAAUGAGGCAGCUACUGAUGCUUUCUCUCUUUCUGAGUAUGGGGCCAACAUUCCAUCUCCAGAACCACCUCAAGACUUUAUUGGCUUUCCAGCUGAUUCUGAUGACAGCUCAUCUGGUAAGAUAGACAUUUCUCAUGAAGAAAUUUAUGGUGAAGACUCCAUCCAGUUGGUGUCAGAAGCAACAGAUUCAUUCAGCCACACAAAUAAAUGUGCCAUGCUUCCAAAUGAGAGUGACUUUGCAGUUGAGACCUGCAGUAACACUGAAAAGUUGCUGGUGCUUAGUGAAGGUGAAAAUGUUCAAGGUAACUGUAGUCAAAUGAUUGACAAAAAUGAAUGCUUGGUAGAAAGUAAAGACAGCUACAAUUGUUCAAAUGAAAUUGAAGAAAGCUCCUCUGCUAAUGCUGGGAAACAUGCAGACUUUGAGCAACAACUUUCAUCUACUCUAAAAUUUCACCAAAAUGACUUGGUCCCAGCUGUUGAACAACCAAUAUCAGAGUCGAAAAAACAUGAAGAUGCCCCCCUGUCUCAUGAGGAUGAGGCUCAUAAAAUUAGUCCUGUAAUGAUAACAAUGGUGAGUUUGAAGGAUGCCCUAAACAACAAAGAAGUUGGUGACCAAGAUGCCAAUGAGUUAUCUCAAGAAUUUCUAAAAGAAAAAAUUAAUCACAUUGAAGAUAAAUGUGAUGAAUUUAAAUUGAGUAAUACAGUUGAAGUCAAGAAUCUGAAUCAAUUAGGAGAAAACAUGACUGAAGAGUUACCUUCUCAAUCCCUAACUAAUGAGGGUCAUGAGUUUAGAAAUGAAGUUCACAAUAAAUAUUUUACUGAUAUGGAUGGAAAUAAUGAAGAAAGUUUUGAUAAUGAUUGUAGUCUUAGUAAAGUUAUAUCAUUGGAGAUUAAUGAUGAUAGUAGUGAAACUUCAUCAUUUAAGGAUGACAACAAUGCUGUUCCUGAAGUAGAUGACGCUUGUUCAAGUAUUUCCUCCACAUUCAUUGAAGCAGCAGCUCACACAGAUGAUAGUCAGAAAAUGGAUAACAAAGUAUCAGACAAAGUUGAGGAGACUGCUUCUGGUUCAGGCAUUCCUGAAACAAAUGACCAUGAAGAUGGUUUGCAGCCACUAGAAACUAAUUCACAGCCUGACGGCACUCAGGUAUUGCCUGUUUUGCCAAGCAAAAAAAUACAUGCAACUACUGAGACUUCAAACACUGGUAAAGUUCCAUGCACUAUUGAGUCGGAUAACAUGUAUGACCUAAAUACUGCUUCACACCAUGAGCAUACUGUUCUGCCCAAUGAAUGUGUUUCAAAAAAUGAUAUUACUGCUGGUAAAUGUAUGAUAGAAGAUGCUUGUUCAACCAUUUCUGGUAAAAAUGUUGCAAUUUUUCUUGCCAAAAAAUUUGAAACUGAUGAAACUCAAAUUCCAUCAUCUGAUUCAGUUUUCCUUAAUCAAACUGAGAUUCCAUUGGAUAGUGAAAUUGAACAUGCAAAAAAACAACAAUCACAUGGAAAAGAUACAGGACCAUCAGUUGAUGAAAUUAUUUCUAUAAGUAACACCAGUGAGACUAUCAAUAUACAGAAGCCAACUGUAAGCUCCAAUAGUCAACUAGAAGAAAGCUCAUCAAAAGAACCUCAAUUGUCAUCUGUCAACUCAUCUGCUGUUGCAACUACCAACAAACCUAAAAAGCACCCACGCAAAUAUGGAGAGGAGCAUAUACUUGUGACUGUGGAGCACAACGUGUCACCAGCACAUGGCAGACAUGAGUGCGUUCUGUGCAUGCCUGGCAAGUCAUUCCACGCCAAGCAGCUGGCUCAACAUAUGCGGUCGCUCACGCAUCUCAAGAAUGUGCUUGAGUUGGUUGACAUCUUCACCUAUGAAGAACUCAAAGCCACUGACGAUGCCUCUAUCUUUAUGGAUGUCCUUGCCACUUUGCUGCAAGGCCAGGGGCCCAAAAAGCUUCACUCUGUGCGACCUGAGUUUGAGGAAGCAACACGAGCACGGCUCCUGAGUGCUAUCCGUGAUCGUCGCCAGGUGGCGAGAGAAAAACUGGAGCUAAGUCAAAAGAGAAAUACCACCAAUACUUCGAAGCCUGAAGCUGCUUCUACGCUGACCGUUCCAAAUGAGAAAAUUUUUACUUCCUGCAGUGCUCAAAAGUUACCCGUUCUCUCAGAGACUCCAGAACAAACUUCGAUACAUAGUAGCGAGUCGUCAACUCGUGCUGGGGUGACUGAGCCAUUGCCUAACGAUGACAAGAACCCUGCAACAUUCCCACAGGCUCAUAGCAUUUUUGGUACACGAGCCGGUGUGGAAAAACAAGGACAACCAUCUACAUCACCUUGCAUUAAAAAAGUAUCUGGUGAAUUACCUCUGGUUUCCCGGGAGAUAUUAAAACAUGCUCCUAAUUUUGUUGAAUCGGAAGAAGCAUCCAAAACAUGUCCAGAAACGGAAAUAUCUCGUCUUGUGAAAAGAGAAGAACUAUUUUCUCCUGACGUGGCUCAAAAAGAUACACCGCAAAGCUUUGAAGCAACUGAGACAUUUUUGGCUGACUCAAACCGUCAGAAAGAGUCUAAUACUCACAUUAAAGACGAAUUACCAUCCCGCGAUAGUGAAGGAACGUCAAUGCAGCCUUCCACUGGAAAUAAACUAGAGCUCCAAUCCAUGGUAAAUAAAAAACCUAAAACUUCAUCUGUUGUGCAAGAAGCGUUCAAACCUCGUAAUGAAAAUGAGUCGAGAUUGCAGUCUAGUGUGGAUGACAAAGCAGACAAGACAACGCGAGAUAAUUCGCUUGACAUCCCUAAUAAUGACCGUGACGUUGAUCCAACUUCACGGCGUUCUAUAAGCUUGAUGCUCAGUGACUUCUUAGCAGAAGAAAAUAAACAGAUUCCUAAGAACAAAGACGCGAGUGUUGAGUCGCAACCGCAGUGUACUCAAGAUCCUAAGGAGGACACGAGUCAAUCAAUUUCUUCAUCAACCCAAGCACUAGACGUUGUCGAAAAUUCUUCCUUGAGCUUGAAUAAAAAUCGGGAUACAAAAAUCACCUCGGUAUCAUGUCCCAGCAACAAUAAACUGGGUACAGAAAAGCUUCCAAACAGACAUGAGGAAACAGAAGCCGAAAUAAAUCCUCUAUCCAAGUCUGGAAGAUUAUCUACUGUAGGAAUCUUAUCGCGUCUUAGCCAGAGCUUCGGUGGCCAACUUGGUAAGUUGUCGACCGUUGGACCGGGCGUGAGCUCGUCAAAGCGAAAGGCAAACUCGACUAAUUUGAUGCUUGAGAACACAGAACUGCAUCAAGGUGACGGCAGCAAAGACGAUUUGACUCCUAAGGAAAUGGACAUUGCUGAGAGCGACAACGGAGAGGAUGAUAACGGCCAUGAAGAAGUGCCUGAGAACCUCACCGUUGCUGUGCCACAUGCAUGCAAGUCUUUGGAGAUGCAAGGCUCUACUCCCGUUGGUUCUUCUCUCCCUUCCAAGAAAGCUCGAACUGAGACUUCUACAAACUCCCUGUCUUCCUCCGCCUUCGAAACUGGGAGCCCACUCUUCCCCUCUGCCGUGUCACUGCUUCAAUCGGUCAAGGAUAACAAAUUCCCGACUGCUAAUAGUGAGGCGGCUCUGGUGCAAAUGUCUCUCCUCUCUGAAACUCCUCUUUCCAAGAAAAAAAAGAUUCAAGAUGCAUCAAAGUUGCCACGUGAAGACUUCCCUGUAGUGGAGGUGACUGGAGACGAUGUGCCCGUGUACCUGAGCAACAUCAGGGUCAGCAUGGGCUUCAUGCUCCUCAAACGCGUCCUAGAGGCCUGCGCCCCUCUCAAGAACAUUAAACUCGAGACCAAUAAGCAUGGAGAAGGCUUCGUAGCGACCGUGGUGUGGACGAACAAGGAUCGCCUGCUCAGCUUCCUGAAGGUGCUGUCUUGCCUCAUCAUCAACGCCGCCCGCCUCUCUGUCCACUGCCCCGGCUACGUCUUGCCAGCUGUCAUAGAGCUCUCAAUGGAGGAGCUCGUAAUCAAGUAUCGUAUCAACAGGAUUCUCACUGACGCCAACAAAAUCGUUGACUGGGUUUCCAUAAAAGAUUCUAAAGCCGACGAACUGAAAAAGCUCCUGAACCAAGAUGACAAAAGUGCGGAAGGCUCGGGUCCUAAGAAACCCAACAUCGAUGUCGAUCAGAACAAAUCUGUAGGGAAUCAGCAGGAUAAGUCGAGUGAGGAGGAUAAGGACAAACCUGCAAAGCGGACAAGGAGCAAGUCUCCCAAUACUAAAAGAGACAGGUCGCCUAAGCGAAGUCGUAAUAUGUCACCUGUACGACGGCGAAGCAGAUCUCGAGAUCGACAAGGACGCUGGUCUCGGGAUCGCCGAAGGAGUAGAUCUCGGGAUCGGCAUUCAAGAAGAUCUAAAGAUCGGAGAAGAAGCAGAUCUAGGGAUCAAAGGCGUAGCAGAUCUAGGGAUCAACGGAGAAGCAGGUCGCCUGAUGCAGGCAGAAGCCGAUCUCGCGAUCUUCGUAGAAGUAGAUCCCCGGUACGUGAUUCAUCUUCUGUUGUUAAGAGCAGCAAGUCUCCUACGAACCAAGCCCCGACCAUGGCAGAUGCCGUCAAGGUUAUGAGUCUUGGCGACGUUGACGUGACAGGACACAACCUCAUCGUGACGUGUGGAGACAAAGUUCUGACGAAGCUCUUCGUCUCAGAGCUUCACAAGGUCUUUAAAGGAACCAAAGCGCCUCAGCUGCGCACUGGGGUUGGUUGGUUGUUCCAAACUGGUAGUGCAGAUCUGACAAGGAUCUUCCUGCGGCUCGUCAACAACUUACGUCUUCUGGACGCCAGGAUAACUGUGCACCUCACCUCGGCCUCUGAUUUGGCUCGCAGCAAGGUGCCGGAGCACCAUCUCACUACCAUCUUUACGCUCUUAUUUUGCCUGGUACUCAACAUUUUACUACAUUACAGGCUCGGUACUCAACAUUUUACUACAUUACAGGCCUGGUACUCAACAUUUUACUACAUUACAGGUCUGGUGCGCAAGACAUCAGAAUUCAACUUCAAGAAGUUAUGUGAGCGGUUGCUGUCUGAUCCUGUCGGCAAAGUGAACAAGGUGGCCGUGUGCUCAGAAAUCAAAAUGGGUGAUCUGGAGAGAGCCCAGUCAUGGCUUGCUGCAUUCUUCGUAUUUGGAGUUCGCAAUGCAAGUGCGGCUCAAGUUCCAGCAAAGCCAGCUGCACCUAAUUUGCCUCUAGCUGCAGGCGGUCCAAUAAAUGCUGGCGUUGCAUGUGGUGUAGAACAACGUUCUGCUCAUGGCGGUCCAGAACAACAUUCUGCUCAUGGCGGUCUAGAACAACGUUCUGGUCGUGGCGGUCUAGAACAACGUUCUGGUCAUGGCGGUCUAGAACAACGUUCUGGUCGUGGCGGUCUAGAACAACGUUUUGGUCGUGGCGGUCUAGAACGUUCUGCUCAUGGCGGUCUAGAACAACGUUUUGCUCAUGGCGGUCUAGAACAACGUUCUGGUCGUGGCGGUCUAGAACAACGUUCUGCUCAUGGUGGUCUAGAACAACGUUCUGCUCAUGGCGGUCUAGAACAACGUUCUGGUCGUGGUGGUCUAGAACAACGUUCUGCUCAUGGUGGUCUAGAACAACGUUCUGCUCAGCCGAGCAGUGACCCUGAACAUUUGAGGAGCGUAACUCAAGCGUCGGUAUCCCAAGGCACAACUUCUGACCGCCCCAGCGAUGGUAAGGCGCCGACCAAAGAAUCUCUUGCUAAUGAUUUCUAUGUUGAAAAGCAGGAGCUCAUCAAGAGACUUGAAACAAGUUACGAAAAGUUUAUAGACAAACCUGAAUUACAUCCUAAAUACGCUUCAGUACUUGCGGCUUUUCAAAGCGAAGAAACGAACCUGACGUGGUUAGAGCGAUGGGUUCAAGAACUCCGGACUCUGCGCAUGGAAGACUACAAGGCAGAACUUGUGAAACUCGUCAAAAAAUACAAAGAAUUGUCGAUUAAGCUUAAAAGCUCAACAUCUAGCGACGCAAGGCCAGCUACUACUUCUAAAGCAUCUAGUUCGCAGUCAUCUGAUGGAUCUGUUUGGCGUAGUGGAGCUGAAACAAUACAAGAGGAAGUUUUGAGAAACACUCAAAAUGCUUUCAAUAGGAGCAAGGAUAUGCAGCCUCGUGCUCAAUCUCCUCAGAGCAAAGAAGUCCAGCAAGGAAUAAAUGUGACACGACACCAGGCAUCGCAACCUUAUGACAAUCAGGGAGAACUUCACCAGGAUCGUAAGAGCGCUGCCCCGUCACACAGAGGAAACGUUCAUCAAGGAAUGAACCUUGGUCGUUCAUCCAUGCCUUUUGACCCGCGAACUGCUGGUCAAGACUUCCAGCCUCCUCAAGACUUGCGACAUCAAGAUUUGCCAUCCGCUCCUGGCUUCCGUCCUUCUGAACGUUUCCAAUCACCCGGUGAUUGGAAGUUUCAACAAGAUUUUCGAACGCAACAAAAUUUGAGGCCACCUCAAGGCUUCCAGGGGCCACCAAAUUUCCGACCCGCGCAGGACAUCCGACCUCCUCAAAAUUUACAAUCUAAAGACUUUCACGCACCUAGGAAUUCGCGGCCAUUUCCAAAUGAGAGACCACCUCGAGAUCCUCGACUUGCAGGCGUCAGACCUUCCACCAACCAACGCCUUCCUCACAAUGAAGAACCUCAAACCUCAUUGUCAUCUGGUCCACCUCCACCUUCUUCAGAAGAGGGGUUCUCGGUCCCGAAUGUUUCUGCCGCGACACCGGAGCAGCACUACAACGUUGAGCCCAUUUAUGACCUCCUACUUAAGCUUUCGCCUUGCCUGGGUGCAGUGGCGCCUGUUUUACACACCAUGAUUGCCGUGGCUAGGAAGCGCGGCUCGAACACCACUGAGGCCUUCGCGCUCUUCACGGACCCUGAAAUUGUGAAGCUUCUCACGAUGGCCAUACAGAAGUUUACUGCCGAGGCUAAGAGCACCGUCGAGCCUGACAUGCGAAGGGAUCUGCAGUUUGGGGUCAAAGGUGCCCAGUUUCUUCUUAAGUACGCGCAGCAAAUAAAAAAUGGUUCUUAAGUAGAUUGAUUCCACAAUUCGUGCAGUAGCGAACGCCAGGUCCCGUAGGCUAACUUGUAGUCAUUUGCUUCGUAAACUCUGUCCUUUUUGAAAUUGGCUUUGCUUCUGUCGCAUUGACGGGAGUUCUCGUAUUAUAUUUAUAGAAUGUUGAGUGUAGAUACACAUUCAUGGUUAAAAUUUUUGUUUUAAAAUUUUUUACUAGCAUAUUUGUCAGUGGAGUGAUUUCUUUUUUACGGGAAAUGUAGAGAUGCACACGUUGAUCGAUUUAUCUGAAUAUAAAUUCAUGAGUCCGUAAACUUUGCUAAUGAUGAAAAUGAAUCUCCACCUAAAUAUUUUAAAAUUUGAGUUAAUCAUAAUUGUGAGUGUUUUAUUUCGCUUAGUCAUCAUUUUCGGACAUUAAUCUCAAUGCUUCAGUGAAAUAAGUGUACGUAAUGUAAGAUAUUAGUUGCUAUUUCUUCGCAUUGCCGUUGUAUGCUGCAUGUACCCGUCAACAAUUAAAACUUCAAACAGG